AUGAUCCAAGAUGUGCCUCUGUGGACAAGGACAAUAUUAUACGAGGAUGAGUACAACGGACUUAUUCCAAUUCCCAUGAUAAGAAGGCUCCAAGAAGAGUGGAACGACCUGGUCACAAUGCCGAUGGGUCAAAAUUCGUGGUGCACUCCAGAGUAUUAUAUUUGGAUCAAUGAGGAAGAUGAGCUAGCCCGACCAAGCAGAGAGGAUCAUAUGUUGCCACCUGCUGAAGACGAUGACCGGGUAGUUGAGUGCAUCAAAAUAGAGUCUAGCACAGAGUCAGAAGAAGAUCCGAAAGAGGAGUCAGAGUUCAACGAUGACGAUAAAGAGUUUGAAGAAGACAUGGAGGAGGAUCCGGAAGAGGAGCCAGAAGAAGAAGAAGAGAUGGGAAAUGACUCAGUGGAUGGUUAUUAG